CACAAACACCUUGCAGUAUCCUGUGCACGCUGCUGCUAUACGAAACCGGGACAAACCAAGAUCAGGAACUCUGCAGACUAAAACUCAUCAUCUGGAAAGAAAGGAUUUAUCCACCCAAUGGACAUCAGGCCACUUCUCGUAAUCCUGUCUGUGUGUGGGCAAAUGCAGGCCAUGGCUAUAGACACUGAUUAUGGUGGCUUGCCUCUGCAGAUCGACCGAUUUCUAGGGGAGCCCACAGUUUUUACACUCAGGAAUCGAGUAGAUUCAAGCUGGUCGUGGAUGGUGAGCAACCAGAACUGUUCUGUGAAAUGCAACUGUGCAAUUCAGUGGCCCACAGCUUUGUAUUGUGACCACAAAGGCCUGGAACACUUUCCUGAAAGUCUUCCUUCCAGAACGCAAUACCUUUUCCUCCAGGGUAACAUAAUCACUGGCUUCAACUCUGAAGCCUUUGCCAAUACCACUAAUUUACGCUGGCUCAUUUUGGACCAAAACCAACUAAUCAGCGAAAGACUCAGUGGUAGGCCCCUGCUCAACCUGACCCAAUUAGUGAACCUCUUCAUGAACCAUAACAACUUGACUGAGGUGCCAGCAGGGCUGCCUAGUGGACUCAAGCAGCUAAGAAUGGCUUACAAUCAAAUUGAGAAAAUUGUCCCUGGGGCUUUUGAGGACCUACAGAAUCUAACAUUGCUUCUGCUUCAGGGUAAUCGCCUGAAAACUAUUGGAGAGACUGACUUCAAAGGCCUUUUACUCCUAAAUCUUUUGGACCUCAGUAAGAAUAUCCUGGACACCUUCCCCAUCCAUCUGCCUCCAUCUGUUCAGCAGCUAUACCUUUCACACAACACUCUUACAGGCAUGGCUGAGGACAGUCUCCAAGGCUUCAACAAACUCUGCUAUUUGCGUCUACGCAACAAUCGGCUGAAAAACGAUGGCUUGAGCCCUGGUGUCUUUAAUGUAACUUCUCUAGUGGAGCUGGACCUCUCCUUCAACCAACUAACUGAAAUCCCAAUCGUUCCCACCACCCUGCAAUACCUUUACCUAGAGGUUAAUCAUAUCAGAGAAUUUAAUGUAAGCAGUCUCUGUAGGACAGUGGGUCUUGCAUCAUAUUCACAUAUAAAGAUAUUGCGGCUGGAUGGCAAUAAGAUUAAGCGUCAUCAGCUACCUUCUGACUGGGGGUACUGUCUCCGAAUCCUUCAAAAUAUUUAUAUAUGACCUGUUCCGAUGACUUUCACCAUUUAAUCUGUACUAUAAUGCUGCAAGGCUGUACCAUACACCAGAAAUUUGACAUACAAUUUAGAAAAUAUGAUAUACAACAUGCUUUUAGACUAAAGGCAGGUAUUGUAAAUGAUUUCUAAUAUGCAUAUAAAUAAUAAAUAGGUUGCUCUUUCUUUUGCUUUUGUUUAACAGAAUUGCAUGAGAACUGCUCUAUCACUGUAUUUUGCCAGAAAUAUGAAGUGCACCACUUGGUUUCUGACCAAAUUAAAAAUCAUAUAUGCA